CCAGUUCCUCAAUGCAGCCUGUUCUCCCGCCUCGCCAGUCAUUGGAGCGAGUUUCCCCACUCUUCCUCUCUCCCAGUCCACACGGGCUCCGGACACGCCGUUCUCUCCAGAGCGGACACUGCAGAAGGAGAAACGGACGAACCCACCAUGGAUUAUGAAUUAUAAUUUUACGGGGAAAAUCGUGGGAUAAAAUAGCUUUAUUUUGCUUUCUUCUUACGUUCCUUUUUUUUAAAUCUCUUGCGCAUCUUCGCCUCUUUCUCAAUGUCUCUCAAUAGUUUCUGAAGGGACUGAAGGAAAGGAAACAAAAAUGAGGAUUAUGUUUUUAUCUUGGCACUUUCUCGGGGUGUAUUCCGCCCUUUGGGGACUGGCAACAGGGGCUUUCCCCAGCUCGGUGCAGAUAGGUGGACUGUUCAUUAGGAAUACAGAUCAGGAAUAUACAGCGUUCCGACUAGCUAUCUUCCUUCACAACACCAGCCCCAAUGCUACGGAAGCUCCCUUUAAUCUGGUUCCACACGUGGACAACAUAGAGACGGCCAACAGCUUUGCAGUGACCAAUGCAUUCUGUUCUCAGUAUUCGAGGGGGGUCUUUGCCAUCUUCGGCCUUUACGACAAGCGGUCGGUGAACACACUGACUUCGUUCUGUGGGGCUCUGCACAUCAGCCUGGUGACCCCCAGUUUCCCCACAGAGGGAGAGGGACAGUUCACGCUGCAGCUUCGACCGUCCAUCAGAGGGGCGUUACUGUCACUGCUGGACCACUACGACUGGAACCAAUUCGUCUUCUUAUACGACACUGACAGAGGUUACGCAAUACUGCAGGCAAUUAUGGAGAGAGCGGGGCAGAAUGCAUGGCAGGUGAGUGCGAUCUGUGUGGAGAGCUUCAACGACGCAGCAUAUCGCAGACUCUUAGAAGACCUGGACCGACGGCAGGAGAAAAAAUACGUCAUCGACCUGGAGCCUGAGAGACUACAGAACAUCCUCGAACAGGCUGUCAGCGUUGGGAAACACGUGAAAGGUUACCAUUACAUCAUAGCAAACCUGGGUUUUAAGGACAUAUCCCUGGAGAGAUUUAUGCACGGUGGGGCAAACGUGACUGGUUUCCAACUGGUGGACUUUAGCAAACCGAUAGUUAUAAAGCUGAUGCAACGCUGGAACAAACUAGACCAGCGGGAAUACCCUGGAUCUGAGAGUCCACCGAAGUAUACCUCAUCGCUGACAUACGAUGGCGUCCUGGUAAUGGCUGAGGCCUUCCGUAACCUUCGUCGCCAAAAAAUUGACAUCAGUCGCCGUGGCAACGCUGGUGACUGCCUGGCUAAUCCGGCUGCUCCCUGGAACCAAGGAAUAGACAUGGAGCGUGCUCUCAAACAGGUUCGCAUUCAGGGCCUCACCGGAAACAUCCAGUUUGAUCACUUUGGUCGAAGAAUCAAUUACACCAUGGACGUGUUCGAACUGAAGAGCAAUGGACCACGGAAGAUUGGCUACUGGAACGACAUCGACAAGCUUGUGUUGAACGAGAAUCCGCUGUCCAACGACAGCUCAGCGAUGGAGAAUAGGACUGUUGUCGUGACAACAAUCAUGGAGGGUCCAUAUGUGAUGCUGAAGAAGAACUGGGAGCUCUAUGAAGGCAAUGACCAGUAUGAGGGAUACUGCGUGGACUUGGCUUCAGAGAUCGCCAAACACAUCGGAAUUAAGUACAAGAUUUCUAUAGUGCCAGAUGGAAAGUACGGCGCCAGAGAUUCUGAGACAAAGAUAUGGAAUGGCAUGGUUGGCGAGCUUGUGUAUGGGAAAGCAGAAAUUGCGGUUGCCCCUCUGACCAUCACACUUGUGAGGGAGGAAGUGAUUGACUUCUCCAAACCCUUCAUGUCUCUGGGAAUCUCCAUCAUGAUCAAGAAGCCUCAGAAGUCUAAACCGGGUGUCUUCUCCUUCCUUGACCCACUGGCCUAUGAGAUUUGGAUGUGCAUCGUGUUUGCUUAUAUUGGAGUCAGUGUUGUUCUUUUUUUGGUGAGUCGCUUUAGCCCAUAUGAGUGGCACGCAGAGGAACCAGAGGAGGGGGCCCCCGAGCAGGGCCCCACUGACCAGCCUCCUAAUGAGUUUGGCAUCUUCAACUCGCUGUGGUUUUCUCUGGGAGCCUUCAUGCAACAAGGCUGUGACAUCUCACCUCGGUCCCUGUCUGGGCGUAUUGUCGGAGGUGUGUGGUGGUUCUUCACUCUCAUCAUUAUCUCCUCUUACACAGCCAACUUGGCUGCUUUCCUCACUGUGGAGAGGAUGGUCUCACCUAUAGAAAGUGCAGAGGACUUGGCCAAACAGACAGAGAUAGCCUAUGGGACUCUGGACGCAGGCUCCACGAAGGAGUUCUUCAGGAGGUCCAAGAUAGCCGUAUAUGAGAAGAUGUGGUCAUAUAUGAAGUCUGCCGAGCCGUCCGUCUUUACCAAAACCACGGCGGAAGGUGUGGCUAGAGUUCGCAAGUCCAAGGGGAAGUACGCCUUCCUCUUGGAGUCCACCAUGAAUGAGUACACGGAGCAGCGCAAGCCCUGUGACACAAUGAAAGUUGGAGGGAACCUGGACUCCAAAGGAUAUGGAAUUGCCACACCAAAAGGCUCACAGUUAAGAACCCCGGUAAACCUUGCAGUUUUGAAACUGAGCGAAGCAGGCGUCUUAGACAAACUGAAAAACAAAUGGUGGUAUGACAAGGGAGAGUGUGGACCCAAGGACUCUGGAAGUAAGGACAAGUCGUCUCAGGCUCUGAGCCUGUCCAACGUGGCGGGGGUCUUCUACAUCCUCGUGGGCGGCCUGGGCCUGGCCAUGCUGGUGGCCCUGGUCGAGUUCUGCUACAAGUCACGGGCCGAAGCAAAGCGCAUGAAGGUGGACCUUAGCCCCCCCCACUGUCCCAGCCCCUCCCCCAGCACCCAGAAUCUAGCCACUUAUAGGGAGGGGUACAACGUGUACGGCUCCGAGGGGGUCAAGAUAUAGGGCUAUCUUUUUCUGAAGCCAUGCGGAAUAAGGCCCGUCUGUCCAUCACAGGAAGUGUGGGGGAGAAUGGCCGCGUCCUGACUCCAGACUGCCCCAAAGCUGUGCAUGCUGGCCACGCCUCCCUCCGACACCCCGGCCUUGCAGUGGUCUCCUCCGGACUGGCCUGAAAAACCAAAAACACCUGCCGUGCCUUAAAGACUUCAACAAGAAACACAGACAGAAACUAAACAAAACCAUAUCCACACACAUAGUUACAGAAAACCCUAAUGAAACUACUCAGAUACAGAGACAUUUUAUGAUUACACACUUGAAUUCAUAAAAACAAAAACUCUUCAUUCCACCUACCUGCUGAUCCAUUUUUCUGCUGUAGAGUGAACACUGGGAGAACGAUGGACAACUAAACAUCACACUGCAGCGUUAAAGUUUUUUUUUUAUUAGUAGUUUUAUUAUUUUUGAAGAGAACACCAUUGAGGCAACAUAAAAGCCAGCACAGAUCUUCAAAACAUGAAUAAUUAUUCCAGAAGACAACCAGAAAACGUAUCAUGGUGAUGGUAUCAGAUGGUGAAAAAAGGGAGAAAAGUCAACCAAAUGACUUGUUCUGUCUUCAUGUGACAACAAUGGCCUAUAAGCCACGCCCACUCCCUUCUGACGAGGCCUUACGAAGACGGCGAACUUUGCUUUCCUCAUCUUCAACAUGGAUCAUCAUCAUCAUCUCUACUUGCCUACAAAGACAACGUGCCAGAUAUUAUAAUCAUUAGGAGACCAGAAAACUGUAACGCUUGAACGAAAAGACUGUGCAAACCUGCUACUUUCCCACAAACGGACUGAAAUAUCUACUUUCGUACUACACGUAGAGAAAGAUUUCUUAGUCAGCAAUGCAAUCUAAUCAGAGCAAAACAGAAAUAACCUCAAAACACAGGAGUCCUUCAUCAGCAUCAAAACAGUAGAACUUAAAAAAUAAAUAAAAAAAAACUGGUCAUGACAUUUUUUUAAGCUUCUCAUAAAGAAAAGACGUGGACAAUUUUCUAAUAAUUCUCCACCAGACCACUGAGACCUCAGAGAAGUUUGUAGAAUAACUAGAGGAGUUAUCUUAGGUCCUGGGCACGCGUAGCUGGGUAUCCCACAAAACGAAGAUAAAUGGCAUCAAAAACUAUUAUUUUAAAAAGUCUGACUAUAUUUGCAAAUUCUCCGUUGUCAGCCUUUGCUUGUGGAUGUAAAUAACUAGGUUUUAGGUUUCGCAACGUCACUUCCCGUGACAACAUUUUCUGACAUGACAUGUGCAACCUAUGUUUGCACUCAUGUGUAAUGCUCUAUGUAGAAGAGCAUAGGAGAAGAAUGGCAUUAAUGACCGUUAUUUUCACCACGUAGUUAUUCCACAUCCAAGGGAUGUUUUACAGCAAAGUCACAGAAGAUUCGGGGAACUACUGCCUCCUCCAGACUUGGCAUGCAUAUAGUCCUUUUUGGAAGACACACCGUGCCGGAAAAUAAGCGUAAAGCCUGGGGCACGCUGGAAGCAUUUUAAAUAGAAGCCAUUAUAGUUAAUGGGAGUGGGCACACAUGGCGGUUUACAACAUUGUGGAGUACUUUACAACAGACAUUAUGACGAGGAAUGGCUUUACGGCACAAACCCAGCCGCCGGCACAAACCCAGCCGCAGUUUUGAUAACUUAAGUACAAUUCAUCUUAAAAUAUCCUAUUAAAUAGCGUACUUACCCAUUCUUAAUUAAUUAGAGUCUCACAAAACACGACGGCAAGUCUGAUCACGUAUAAACAAUAGAGUCACUUCCCGGUUUCUGUUCUCAAGUCCAGCAUGAUGUGGUGACUUUUGCACGACUUUCCAAGAAGCGCUCAGCGGCACAGUGCGUUCUGUGUGACCACUUGACUAUUCAAGAUAGGGUCGGGUUUUAUUUUUCCUCAAGCCACUUUUGGGAUGCAUCAAUUACCGCAGUUAACAUAGGUCUAGACAGGAAAUCAGUGUAAAAUCCCUGGUAAUUUUCAAGAUGAAAGUAUGGCAGAGAUGCAGUUUCGUAUAUUGCAAAUGAAAGUAAACACCGGCAAUAAAUUUUGUUUUUGUAAACGGAACCAGCUGAGAUGAUGAACUGGAGCGAUGCAGAGCUCCAGGAGCUUCUAGUUAGAGCUGGAGAUCAGAUCGCCAGAGGCUGAACAGGGACUGUGGCGGACAGACACUUUAAGGAGUGGCAUGUAAAAAGACUUAAGCGUAGCUUCAAUCGCAAUAAAAGCAAGUGAUUGAAAUAAAAAGCAAGUAAUGUCAAAGAUAAACAGAAGGCCGCUGCAGUGCAGAGAUCGCCUCCAUACCACCUUUAUACCACCACUGCAUAAUUUUUGUACUGCCACGGUCUGACCAUAUAUAAACAACCUAUGUUUCCCUGAUGACUGCUCAGGGUUGAGGCAAACUGGCGGCAUUGUUUUCUAAGAGGCUUUUGAAUGUGCUUCACAAUGCACUCAAUUUUUUGCUCAAAACGACCUGUUUUUUUUCCCCCCUAGAGAAGCAGGAGACGAUAUUUGGUCUGACCAAAGCCCGGCUACGUGUGUACAUGACCUUAGUGUCCAGGUCCUUAUGAAUUAAAAACCUAGACAUUCUAGCAGCUGAAAUAUGACACAUUUAAAUAUUUAUUUGCAGGUUUGCCUUUAAUAGAGUAAAAAGUGGUGGUUUUUUUUUGCUGGCUCUCAUUAGGUUGAGAUGCUGUGUGCUCUUGACUUCACCUUAACUCUGAAGCUUUUCUGCUACAUUUCUCAGUUAUCCUAAAACCUGAUGUUUCCGGUGGCUGCAGAGGAGAGGUGUGACAUCAGAAAGCUUGCUUUGUAGAACAGUUGUAAAUAACUGUAGCAAAACAGAGCUCACUAGCCUUUUUCUAAAAAAUAAAAAUCCUCUUAGAUAACAAUUCAUUGCAAUAAUGAAUAUAAAAAGAAAAUGCCACAACUUGUAAUUAAAUGAAAACUUUUUUAUAUAAAUCUACAUACUAUAUAUAAUGCAAAUGAAUCUAUAUAUAUAUAUAUAUAUAAAUAUAUAUCUAUACGUCUAUAGAGAGCUAUAGAAAACAUUGAUCACUAAUUGUCAGAGGCCAUGGCAUACCUUCUGUUAUAUGGCUGUUGUUUCUUUUUUUAAAUACUUGAGAAUAUUAGUAUGCCACAGUUGUUGUGUGUCCAGCUCCACACUGAAUGUCCAUCUGGCACUCACACGGACACACAAUCAAGCUUACACACACAUUGUUGCAUACACAGGGUCAGCUCAGAGGCAUCACUCAAGCAUCAUUCACUGUUUUUCUUUCUAUUUUUACCCGAGUCUCUCUGUGUGUGUGUGUGUGUGUGUGUGUGUGUGUGUGUGUGUGUGUGUGUGUGUGUGUGUGCGCGCGCAUGCGUGCGUGCGUGCGUACGUGUGUGUGUGUGUGUGUUAAAGCGGUCUGAAACAACACGCCGAGGUGCCAGUGUUUGUGACAAAACAAGUGUAACAAGUUGGUCUCUUGUGAGGAUGAGUUGUGCCGUCUGGGAAACAAUGAUCUGACAUUUCAGGAGUGUAACACUUGUUGCAGCAUUUCAAAGUGAAUUGUUCAUUCUUUUGUGUGUUUUUGUCAGGUGUGUGUCAGCUGCAGAUUGAAAUCAUGGUUGUGUUCAGAUUAAACAAGCUUUGUCUUCAUAAUAAUACUAGUGAUUAAACUUUUUUGGCCCAAUUACUUACAGAAACUACAAAACAAAAUUAUUUUUGUUGCUCUUAAUUGUUUCAGAUCAGCAAAUACAUUUUAAUAUCAGACACGAUAACCUAAGUGAAAACAAAAUGCUGAUUUUACAAAACGAUUAACUUCAGGAGCAAAGCUAAACCAAAUGCACCUGAGAUGGAAAAAUUCAUUUGGAAGGGAAGAUGCAGUAAGAUCUCAAAAACAGCACAGCAUUCCUAUUCUAAUGAAAUUCAAGAAUAAAACAAACAAGAACCCACUUGGUUCAUGUUAAGGUCAGAGUUCAACAAGAAAGGCACAGCAACAUUGUCCUUACAAAGCCUGAACCUCUUCUGACCAAAAGAAACCUUCAACGUUUUUCAAAAAAUGCAUUUUGUGGCCUGAUGAGACUAAAAGGUGAACUUUGAACAGCGUGUGUGUUCCAUUACAUCAGGUGUAAAAGUAACACUUCAUUUCAGAUAAAGAACAUCAUAACAGUCAAACAAGGUGGUGGUAGUGUGAUGAUUUAGGGUUGCUUCAGGCUCUUUACCACUUGCAGCAGAUGGAAUUAUGAAUUCUGCUCUCCAUUAAAAAAUCCUAUCAGCAUUCCCUGUGUGACAUUUGACCUUAAACAGACCAUACACCCUAGAAAACUCACCAGUAUGACUGAAUUAUGAAAAUUUUGUCAAGGAAAGUGAGAUCAAAUUCUUCUACAACGCUGUGGGAUAUCGGUCACCGGUUUUCAUAAAAUCUUGAUUUACUGUCAAGCGUGUUCCAACCACUUAGGUUUUUAGGUCAAAUUUCUCAUCUGAUCUGAAAUAUAUGAAGGUGGCAUGAAACCCAACCCAACACUUUUUUCCCAGUACUGUGUGUAUGAAUGGAUUUGUCUUACUGCGGUAGUACCGCAUGGUAGUGGAUACCUGCAUCAGGAUUGUGUUGUUUUACACUCUGAUACUGUAAGUGAGUGAGAUGUUUGCUUUUCGGACCUCUCCAUUCAUAUCUUUGUUGUCCUUUUCCUUUUGACUCAUUUACAACAGAAAUAUCCAUGCAUACACCCUAACAAAUGACAAGUGACUUUAUUAUUUGAUUCAGUUCUCUGGAAAACAUAGAUGAAUGGACAACGUGAGACCUUAAAGGUGCAAUAAGGAAGAGUUUUAUAGUAAAUCAGAAUCCAAUGUCUCAACCAUGUUGCAAUUUGCAUUAAAGCAGAUUUCCUACUCAACCUUCUGAGUGGUUUCCAGGUAUUAGUCAUUGUUUAUAAUCUGUCCCACCUCCAUACUUCCUGGUUCCAGAGCCAGUCAUACGUGAGCCCUCAAAGUUACCAGUUCUGUAAACAUUGCUGUACCGUUAUAUGUAGUUACACACCGGCUGGCAUCUUUGUGGACAGAUUUAAGCCACUAAAAGAAGAAAAGCAGCAGCAAGAAAGUAAAACGAUUUUUGUUUUACUUUAAUAUCGAGUAAGGAAGGCUUGAGGCUAACGUUGAGCUAACAAUGCUAAUUGUGAAUUAGAAAAAAGUAGUCAGCUCAAAAAAAUAUCUCCAGCUACUCAUUUCAGGUGUAAACAACUUGAUAUUAGGGAAGUGUAUUUUAUCUACUUAUCGAUUUACGGAGCAUGACUUGUCUUUGCUUAUCAUCUAGAAGAUUUUUUGUGGGGAUCCGUAAACGACAACAGCUGCUCAGAUCGAACUCAUUGGUUUUGAUGCAUGGACUGCAGUACCCAAAUUUGACCACCUGAUGUAAUUCUUACUUCAUGCACCUUUAAAGGCCAUCUUUCAUUUUAAACACAUGUUGAAGUGCUUAUAUAGUAAUAUGCCUAAACUUAAUAUUUUCAUUGAAUAAAAGGAAGAUAUAUGAAAAUAAAACGAGUUAUUAAUGAUGCAACUCUGCUUACCUAGCUAAUCCGGUUUAAAACGGUACCUCUAGCUGGAAACCGGAAGUGAUGCACACGGAGGAAAACAUUUCCGACUCUACUAAGCAAUGGAUUCACAGCAGCAGGACGAGGUGUCAGAAUUUGAAAUCGAAUUUACUGUUAUUUAUAAUAUUGAAGGUGCACAGCCAUGCAGUUUUGAGCCAGCAGCAAGAGGGAGUUUAAAUGGUGAAAGAAGAGCUGUAGAAACGUGGGAACUUCAAAAUGCACACAGACUUGGAAAUGCUAACUGUAAGAGCAUGUUUUAUUUUUAAAGAUAUUUCGACAGAAAAUGUCCUCUGACAGAUUACAUCAAAUACCUAGCCACAUAACUUAAAGACAUACUAAACUCAAAUUAAAAAUGGUUAAUUUAUACCAAGUUUGGGUCCAAGUUCUUCAUAGCUCUAGCACCCCUUUGUUAAAUUAGCUUUGUUUCAUUAGCUGUUAUUACAUUAGCCUGGUAAGCCAUCCAUGUGAAAAUAUCCUUGUAAUUCAGCAAAAAAAGAUUCUAGGCUGAUGACAUUAUUCAUCUCACAAUCUGAGGUCAUUGAAGCAGUUUAUUAUUAAUCUAACUUGGCAUACCUCCUUAACACAUUCACCAAUCAACUUUAACAACAAAACGUCUUCAGUGAUAGGUCUUCUCACUCCUAACCACUCAUAAAGGUGUUGCCCAGCUUGGAAGGCUGCAGCCAUCAGGAAGUUUUGUUACCGUGGAAGGGUUGGUUGAGACUGCUGCGAUGUUUAGGUGGGUGGCACAAGACAAUGGUAUGUGAAUGCCAGGAGGCAGAUUGUCAACUUUCUACAAAAUCAGCUGGUUUUCUUCUGACUUGUGAUUUAAUGCUGUAGCUGACUGGUUUCACCUCAUCCUGCUUUAAUUCUGCAUUAAAUCUUUUUCAGUCAGUUUCAAAUGUGCAGAAGUCUGAAUGAAUUGAACAAAUGCUCCUCUUAGCCCAGGGGAUUAUCAUUAGUACAGCAGCACUGUGGACAUUUAAGAGGAAAAACUGGAAAUACUGCAUUUCUACAGGAUUUUCAUUUCUUCCUUUCAUCUCCACCACACACAUUUUGAGUUGUAGACAGCAGUAAGUUGACAGCCACGCUGUCAAACCACUGGCUUUAACAUUGUUUCUUUCUUUCUUAAUGUCUUUUCUCCCAUUUUGUUUUUUCUAGUAAAACAUCGAUGCUGAA